AUGGAUGAGGCGGACAUUCUUUCUGAUAGGAUAGCGAUUCUCUCUGAAGGUCGCCUCAUCUCUUUGGGAAGUUCGGUUUUUCUCAAAAACAAAUUUGGGGAGGCAUUUCAAAUUUUCGCCUGUAAAAAGGAGCGUUCCAUGGAUUAUACAUCGAUCAUUACGCGGAUCACCACUGAGGCAAUGAUUCCUAUUCGACUGACUGAUCAAACCGAGGAGGAGUUGGUGUUUUCUGUUCCAAUCACGACGGACUCACAUAAAUUGGAGAAGUUCUUCACAUCUUUUGAUUCUAAGAGGGAUUCCUAUCUCCUUGGCGAAUACGGGAUAUCUGCUCCAACUUUGCAAGAGAUCUUUGUCCGACUGAGUCCACAGAGGGAGUACAUCGUACCACGCCGGAAAGCUGGAAUCCUCGGAAAACUAAAGCGGACAUUCCAAGGAAUUCAAGUCGACACCGACCAACAACAACUAAUGAACACUCACGCAACCGUAUACGGUGCUGCUAGUGCUGGCAGUAGCCGAGAAGUCAUACCAAUAGCGUACGAAGAAGGUACUGGCUUAAAUGACUCAAUUAUCUAA